CGACGAGCUGCUUGGCUUUGCCGCGGAUAUAUUUGCGAGUAGCGAGCCCUCUGGACGUCCUGCAAUUUACUGCACGACUAAUAGCUCUAAACGUCUCAGCAGACGUCGAGCUGCAGCGCUAAACGCCGCCAGCCGCCCGCUAGACUCGCUGGCCAGAGAAGCUCUCAGAGCAGCCAAACGCCAUCGGCGCGCAUAACCAUGGCCGCCCAAGCCGCCGCGGCGGGCGCCGCCUUCGAGCAGGACAUCCACCACGACCCGAAACAGAAGCCCCAGAACGUCUGCGUGUUGGGGGGCGGCAACUUCGGGACCGCGAUGGCCUUUCUAGCUGCUAGCAAGUCGCACUCCGUGCGAUGGUAUUGUCGGGACCCAAAGCAGGCCGCUACUAUUACUUCCACGCGGCGCAAUCCUAGAUACUUGUCGGACAUCGAGCUGCCCGAAGGCCUGCAAGCCACCGCAAACGUUUCAGAAGCCCUCCAAGGCGCCACCCUCGUAAUCUCCGCCCUCCCGGCCCAGGCGACGCCCCACUUCAUCGAGAAAUAUCGAGGAGACAUCCCCGCCGACGCCAUUUUUUGCUGCACCUCCAAGGGUUUGUAUCUCGAGGAAGGCUGCUUUUUGUCGGAGGCGAUGCUGCGGGCGUUUCAAAGACCACAAACGCUGGCUUUUUUGUCAGGACCGUCCUUCGCGCGCCAGAUCUGCGAACGGCACCCGACGGCGUUAGUGUGUGCUUCGGCGAAGUUGGCCGACGCGGUCCAGGUGCAGUUCGCCCUGUCGUCAAAACGGUUCCGCGUCUACGCGUCCCAGGAUACCGUGGGAGUGGAAUUGGGCGGCGCCCUGAAGAAUCCAUUGGCGAUCGGCGCGGGCAUGAUCGAGGGCGCGGGAUUUGGCAUAAAUACCCUGGCGGCCUUCGUCACGCGCGCGACGCGGGAGCUCACCGUGUUAUGUGUGGCCAUGGGCGGGCGGCCCGAGACGAUCUCGGGCUUGGCGGGUGUCGGUGAUUUGAUGCUGACGGCCUUCGGGGACCUGUCUCGUAAUAGGAACUGCGGGCUGCGCCUGGCCAAGGGCGAAUCCCUCGACACCAUAUUACAAUCGUGCACGGUGGAAGGCGUCCCAACGGCAUCAGUCGCAAAAGCCUUCGCGACGAAGUGCAAUCUGGACCUGCCCCUGUUCACGGCCGUCGCGAUGAUCCUGGACGGGCGCCUGAACGUCGAGGACGCGCUCGACCACCUCAUGUCGCGGCCGCUCGGGACGGAGGUGCCGCUGCUCUAGGGUAUUGCGCGCCUAUAAUUAUGUCGUGA